GACUGUAAUAUCUUCAAGUCAGAGAGCAAAUAUUUACUUUCACCUCAAAGUUUCCCUUUUACACGCAUUUCCAUUAUUUAAAACAUCGCGUUCAGUACCCAAAUGAUCUUCAGAGAGAUCGGUUGAAGUAAAAAUGUCUACAACCAAGUAUUAUAGUGAAGAAAAAUUGUGGCGUGGUCCACCGCAUCCAGCUUCAUUAUUCAAUGAUAGGGCUAAUUUGGGAAGAAUUAUUCUCAGUAUUAUAGAUCGAGAUCCACACAAAGUUGCUCAAAUCAGUGAUAACAACGGAAUUCAGAUGACCAACCAAGAAAUCGCUUUAAAAGCAAAGAACAUCGCUGGUGGCUUAAGAAGAAGAGGUUGCAAAGUAGGAGACGUUGUUGGUUUUGUGGCGGGAAAUGGUCAUAAUUUGGUACCUACAUUGAUUGCUUGCUUCCUCCUUGAGGCUCCUGUUAAUGCAAUGGAUAUAAAACAAAAUGAAGAUGAAAUUUACGCCAUUUUCAUAAUUACAAAACCCAAAUUUAUUUUCUGCGACGAUAAAAGACUUGAAGACGUAAAAAACGUUGUAAAGAGAAUGGAAACUUCUCCUACAAUCAUUGUCUUCGGAGCAAAUAAUUCAGAUUACAUUAAUAUUGAGAAUUUAAUGAAGGAAGGUGACUCUGAAGACUUGAAAAGUCUUCUAUUUUUUAGGGAAAUCUACGAAGAAUCAUGCAAAGAGAAUCAAAUGAAGUAUCAAAUUAUUGUCUGCUCUUCUGGAACAACUGGACCACCAAAAGCUGUUGCAAUACCCUAUCAGUCACUCCUUGACCCACAUUGGUCUAGUAUGAUAUCUUCUUCAUCAACAGAUUGUUACUUCAGUUUCUGUUCUCCUUUCUGGUCUGUCUAUUACAUCGUUUUAUUCAGCAACCUCAUCCUGGGAAUAACGCGGAUCAUUACGACAGAACCCGUAAACCAUGAACUUUUCCUCCAAAUUGUCAAGAAGUACAAAGUAACGCACGUACUCAUCUCCCCGGUCUACAUCAGUAACAUUUUGGACUCUCCAGAUUUAACGUCCUCCAGUUUACUAACACUGAAAUAUAUCUGGUCCGGUGGAAGUGUUCUUACGGAAGAAGUAGCAAAGAACUGCAUGAAGUAUAUUUCUGCAGGAAGCCUCAUUGUAACAUAUGGUAUGAGUGAAACUGGAACUAUCGCCAGAAAUCCGUAUUAUCCAGAUUUUGGUCCUCAUAAUCAAGGAAUGGUCAGUGUUGGGAAUGUAUUGCCUGGAAUUGAAGGGAUUGUUCUUGAUGAAGAAGGAAAGAGAUUAGGGCCUGAGGAAACAGGACAAGUUUGUUUUAGAGUUCCUUAUCCGAUUGUGGAGUAUUUAGAAAACCCCGAAGCAACCGCACAGUUUAUUGAUUCAGACGGAUUCGCUCAUACCGGAGAUUUAGGAUUCUUCGAUAAAGAUGGUUUCCUCUACAUAACAGGACGUAGUAAAGACAUCAUCAAGUACAUUAUGUAUCAUGUAUCAGGAUCAGAGAUUGAGAGAGUCGUCAAGACGCAUCCUAACGUAUCUGAAGUAGUCGCUGUUGGGAUUCCUGAUAGAACCUACCAUCAAUUGCCUGCAGUGUUAGUUGUCUUGGAAAAAGGAUCAACUGCAACGUCUGAAGAGAUUUCAAAUCUCGUCUCUGAGAAACUCCCGGAUACCCAUAAGCUUCGUGGAGGAGUUUAUUUUGUUGAAGAAUUACCUAAAACCUAUUCUGGGAAAAUUAAGAAAAAUGAAGCUAAAACCAUUGCAGAAGAAUUGUCAAAGCAAAAUGGAAAAUUGUGAUAAAUGGAAGAUUUUCAGAGACAAAAAAAUUAAUCAUCGAUUUUAGCCAUGGAUUAGAAACAUUAAAUAUUUACAAAUUCUUUUAAGAGUC